UCAACUCUCAAGUCUCAAAUGUUUUUUUGGUUAUUGGUGGAUUGGUAUGUGUUUGGUGCUAUUGUUAUUUUGUGCAAUGUGAAUCACUAGUCAUAAAAAUUCUUAUAAAUCAUUAUCAGAGUUAUCAUAUUUUUAACUACAUUAUUAUCAGUAUUAAUCGGCUAGUGAAGGUGGUGUUAUUUAUAUAACAUUACAAUGAUCGAGUUAACGGGAGAGAGUUUAGGCAAGCGACAGCAAGAACUAAACGCAAAGGUAAAGAAAGCCAUACAAAAUGAAAUACUAUUCAAGGACAUUAAGAGUGCAGAGGAACAAUCCGACAUCGACAGAUUGUACAAGAUUGAUGUCGCAUCGCAAUAUAAAAAUAUAGAUUAUAUUGUAGAGGUGUUGAAAUGUGGAGACAGCUUGUACGUGUCGAGAGCCCUGAAGUGUGAAUGGCUGUAUAACGAUGAAUAUGCACAUAUUAUCAACCCUAAUUACUUAGAAGAUGAGAUAUUCCCUCACAUGUCUCUAAAAAUGAAAACAAAAAUGAUCAAAACUAUAGCUGAUAAAGUUAGAAAUGAAAAAAGGGCAAUAGAUUUCUAUGAAUAUUACAAAAUUCUUAGAAUGGAUGCUCUAGCCUUCAAAUUUCUUUUAUCAACAACAGAGUCGUUUAAAAUGGAUACUAUCAAAGAUAAUUUUGAUUACGCUCGAAAACAUCCUAAACUUUUAAAAUUUUACAUUAAUAAUUCAUUCAGUCUUGCUAAUGCAUACCUUUCAGAACUCGGUUACGGUAAUAUAAAAAAGGGCGAGGCUUUCACUCGACUUUCUUAUUUAUAUAAUAUUGAUGAAAAUAAAUAUUUAGAUUUAUUUGAGAAUUAUUCCAACCUAUGCACAUCUUUUUUUUUCAGUAAAAAUAUGUCUAAGAGUAUAUUGACUAAACAUAAAAUAAGAGUUCUCAGGAUACCGAUUACAUAUAUAACGAAAAUGUACAAUGGCGUGUUAUAUCGACACAGUACGGCUGAUGAUGUGAAACAAUAUAUCAGCGUUCUCUUUCCAACGGAAGUGGAAUAUUUUUGGUCGUGUAAUUUUUAUCAAAACUACAAGGAACUUUUCGACCAUAUACCUAAAACAGAAGUAUUUAACUUUUGCAAAAACACCUUUAUAUCUAAGUAUGGAAAUGAACCAUUUGAAAUGAAUAUAAACUUCUAUUACCAGAAAUAUCAUCAAAUGCUUACAAUUGAGGAAAGAGAAGAAUGGGCUUUGAAACACAUAGAAAGAGGUGAAGAGUUGUUGGGAAAGAAUAAUGAUUUUAUUUGGUAUAGGUUCGUAAAUUUCGAAAAAGCCAUAGAAGCUAUAAAGCAGUAUAUACUUGUAACUACAGAUGAAACUGCAAGAAAUAAAAUGUCAAGGAUAUUGAUAGAUUCGUGUAGAAAUGAGAAAGAUUUAGAAAAUCUACUAAAUUACUACUAUCAGAGAUACAUCAAGGAAAUUGGUCAUCACAAAGAAAGGUUUAUCGAUAAAGUGAUGGACAAAUACAAUAUUUUUGAAUUUGAUGCCGCCUGUUGGGAAGCAUUCAAUAAAAUAUUGUACAGCAAGGAAGUGUACACCCCUGGAUUUCAUGGAAAGAAUUCAUAUAGAAUGCUUUGCAUCAUAUACAAUAUAUUGCACGGCAUAGAUAUGCCUGAAGCAUUAAUGUUUUAUAUAGAUACUGAUUUCGAUUUUUACGAAAUGAGAAAUUUUUAUAAGCAUUUAAAAAAAGAGCAACUUGAUAGUGUGUGUAAAUACUUAUUUAACUGUUUUAUCAAGAAAUUUCAUAAAACCUCUUCGACCUCACCAGCAAGAAUAGAAACUGUUCACAAAUUAAUAAUAAUUUACUUGUUUCUUGAAAAAGAUAAAGAUUAUUUGCCCUCGUCGGUAGAGUCAUUUAUAAAAAUGAAUAUUGAGGAAUUUGGAUGGUACGGAUUAUGGAAUCCGAAGAAAGAGGAAAAAUUAAAGGAUGCCACUCUGCUGCGGUUAUUAAAAAAAGAUAACAAAUUGGUGAUAAGCAAAUUUUCCGAAAUACAAGAGCGAAUGAUGCAGUGUAACUUUAGACUAACGCAUUUGUUGAGGAAACUACGAGUAUACUUUUACAAUGACAUUGCAAAAGACUUUGUUAAUUUCUUCACCAAAUGCAUAGAGGAUCUGUCCACUAGCAAGUAUCCCAUGGCGAUGUAUGUUGUGAGGACUGCGGUCUACGGUAUCUUCCAAUUGACAGAUGAAGCCACCAAAUCGGAAUUUUUGAAGAAGUAUGUACCGGAGGAAGGAAAAAUUAGUCACUCUGAGAUUAAUAAGAAGAUUUUAACAAUUCAAGAACAAAUAUGCCGUUUUGCAUGCUAUUCCCGUCCACCGGUUCCGCUCGAAAGUAUUACACAGUACAUUAAAGGGGAUUAUAUUCAUUACUGUUUGCCUAUGAUAAAUAUGUACAUGGUAAAAUUGCCAUUGUCUGUGUCAAUUAAAUUAACAGAAUUUCUAUUAAAUAGCCCGGUUUCAAUACAGAAGCAUGGAAUUCGUUUAGCGUUCCAAGUGUACAGCACGGACAACUUGAAAUCAUUGAUAUCCCAAAUUUGGCAGAACACCAAGAAUGUGUCGCUAAGAAAAGUGAUUUAUUGUGCUCUUGUAAAAAAAAUUGGAAAAUCCCACGUAUCUGUCCAAUAUGAGUUUAUCGAUUCUUUGUACUUCCUCACAUCGAGCCUGAACGAGGACGACCAGACCGAAUUGUACGAUUGCAUGCUCAGUGACAAAGUACCUGAGACGUUUAAAACCGAUCUAUACAAAAAUGCUUACAUAUGUACACGAGACUUUUCCGAUAAAAAAAUUAAAAACUUAGAACUGAAAGCGAAUAUAGUGCACAAAAUGAGAAAUUUCAGGCCGGACAGGGGCUUUUGCAGAUUUGAAAUCAUCGAUGAUUUCGUUCAUUAUAUGCUACACGAAGAUGGAAUACAACAAACGCACAAAUACGAAUUAACUAAAGUACAUGAUCAAUUUUGGCAGUUCACAUUUGAAUAUAUAGUGACCUGCAAUAAUCUAAUUGAGCUGGAGGAUUCUCUUGCAUUUUUACAAACAUUUUUAGAGCUGUUGUUCAAACGUUGGAAUGUAGUUGUAGAUGAUAAAUAUGUCGUGAUUGAAUUAUUUUAUGAGUUUAUAAAACAAAUCAAAGAAAUCUCGUAUCGACAAGAGAAUGAAGAUUGCAUUAUCCAAAUAUUCGAAAAGAUUCUCCGGAUGGUUCAAGAGUAUUACCCAAGUCAUGUGAUGUAUCGAAUCAUCUUGGACUUGACACUCUUAAAAAUGAUGAUAAAAAUAAAGAUUGAAAAUCCUUGGGACAGUGAAUAUGUAGCUAAGCUUGCAUAUGAAUCAUUGGUGAUGUUUAUAAAAGUUUUAAGAUCAAAUAAUCAACUAUUUCCGGGUUUUAUGGAUGAGACUUGCAGUAUUAUCACAAAUAAUUUAGUAACUUUGGCAAGCAUAAAGAAAAUAAAUUACGACAUUCUGAUAGCGUAUCUUUGUAACGAAAUUGUGGCAGGCACAGAUAUAGACCUUCUAAGAUUUUCUAUAACUAUGUUACCCCUUGAUGUUACGGAUUCAGAUUAUCAACAAGAAUUGUUCAGAGUACUAAGUGGAACAUAUGCACAAAAAUUGAAACACAUAAAUAAUUUUGAAAUACAGAGCUUAUAUUAUAAUAAGUUCAUAUUACAGGAUUUUAAAAAGAGAUAUGAAUGUUGAAAACGUAUAUUACGCUAUAAGUAAAAUAUUUGUAAGUAAGGCAUUUAUAAGCAUUUCAUACAAAAUAAUGAAAUUAUAUUUGCACCAAAAAUUCGGGUACGAAUUACUUACGAUCAAAAUUUAAUCACCGAUACUUAUAAGGAUUGUUAAUAAUUGUUAUAUUUAGCACGAAGAAGAAUUAUAUUUUAAAUUCUUACUUUUGUUUUCGAUCUUUUCUCAACUAAAAACCUACGUAUAGAUAAUAUAACAUUUGUCAAUUUAACAUGAAGUUGAGGAUGUUAAUUUCAUGGACACAUGAUCCACUGCGGAUUUAAUUAGUCUUCAUACAUUGUAUCUAAAGUAUAUUUUUUACUCUAUCUAUCGCAUAUGAUGCUCCUCGGGAAUAAAUAGUUGAUAUUUGAUUUUGAAUAUUAUUUUAAUGAAGACAA